AUGGCAUCGAAUUCGCGACUUGUAAAAGCGGAUAGCAAGGAGUCGGUGCUGUCGAUGACAUCCUGCAUUAGCGGCAUUGGAAACUGGCAGGUGGGCGAUCGAGCACGUAUUGAUCAACGUAGUGGAACAGUGGCAUACGUUGGUCCCACUAAAUUUGCCCCUGGUGAAUGGAUUGGACUUGUUCUCGAUGAGGCAUCGGGCAAAAAUGAUGGUUCUGUUCAAGGAUAUCGCUACUUUACUUGCACCCCUGAUCACGGGCUAUUUUGUAAAUCAAGCAAACUGGAGAGGAUACUUUUGUCGCCGUCUCGCUUCAAAUCACCAACUCCUGGAGAUGGAGAUCCGUUAAGUCCUUAUGCAACCGAAUACGGGUUUGAUUUAGGUGAACGAGUAGUGGUCUCGGGUGGGAAACAGGGUACUGUAAGGUUUCUUGGUGAGACAGAAUUCGCUCAAGGUAUAUGGGCAGGUAUUGAGCUUGAACAACCUCUUGGAAAGAAUGAUGGAAGUGUUCAGGGCAAGAGAUAUUUCACAUGUAAAAGUCCGUACGGAGUGUUUGUUCCGGCGUCGAAAACGCAGAAAGCUCCAUCGCAAACGCCUGGAAAAAUGAAAGUCGUGCAUACGAAAACUUCACUAUUGCGGCAGAACAGGAAUCUUGGAGGGAGUCACGAGUCGUUAUCCUCUAUCGGACGAUCCAGUGUUGCUUCUUCUCGAUUUGGUGUUAUGCGUAAACCUGGCAUUCCCCCCAAUCACUCAAGUUCUUACGCUGGACAAAAUGCUACGAUCAAAGCUCUACAGGAAGCCCUUCAAGAAAAAGAGCGGCACUUGGAGCAACUAAUGCGAGAGCGGGAGAUGGAACGUUCCGAAAUGGGUCAGUUGCCAGGCGUAGACCAGUCGGAAAAGGUUGCUAGACUGGAAUCUGAGCGAAAAGCGUUGAAAAGCGAAAUUCUUGCGAAAGAUAAGUUAAUCGAGGACCUGAACUUCCGAUUAGAAGAAGAAACCAUAUCGAAGGACUAUCAGAUAGAAGAGUUGCAAAAAAGGAUCCUUUCCUCAUCGGAAGCAGCACCUUCUCCUGAAGAGUCGCUCGAUGACAGCUCGCUCGAGCAACGUAUUGCAGCUGAUAGGAAGCGAAGAGAUUUGGAGGAGAGAUGUGCUGAGCUCGAAGCCGAGCUGAGUAACCUCAGUCAGCUUAAUUCCAAGCUUAUGGGCGACCAGACUGGCACGAAUUUGACAGCCGAAGUUGUUGAAUUACAAACCCAACUGAUGACUGCUGAGGAUGAUAGGGAAAAGUUCAAACUCUUGCUGGAUAGUGAGAAAACCGCGCACACGAGUAGCCAACAAUUGCUGGAGGCAGCUCGUGCAGAGCUUGUUUCGACCAAAGAACUCGCUUCGAAUGAGCGAUUCACAUUUCAAGAACAGCUGACAGCUGCUAAUGAUCUGCUUGAAGAGAGGACCAAGCUGCUGGAAGAGGCUGAAAAUUCGGCGAAAACAGCCGAGAAUGAAUUGGAAAAUGUUAAAGCUGAGCUGCAAUUCGCCCUCAAAGAGAUCGAAGAUCAGAAGAAAAUGGUGGAGUCGCUUGCAGGCAGCAAAGGAUCUGCAGAAGCAGCCUUAACUGAAAAAGUGGAAGAACUUGGGAAAGAAUUGCUAGAGAAGGCGAAGAUACUGCAGACCACAGAACAGGAGAAGAAAACGCUUGAGGAAACUAUCAUAUUUAACGCGAAAGAGCUGCAGGAUUUGAAAAAUACUCUUGAGAAUGUCGAGAAGGAGAAGAUUUCCGCGGAAGCAGCACUUAAUUCUUUGAAAGAAGAGAAGACAUUGGCAGAUCAGCGUUUGAUCGAACAACAGAAUGAGAGUCAGAAAAAUUUGGCUGAACUUACAGAAAAAAUCAUUGCUAUCACGGCUGGAAAGGAGAGUGCAGAGGCUGCUUUGAGUGCCGAAAAAGCUCAAAAAGAAGAGCUGUUGAUGAAGAAUGACGUGCUAAUGGUGCAGGUUACGGCCCUUAAGGAAAAUAGUGACAGCGCCACCAAGGAGACUGCAGAGCGAUGCGCGCAGCUGGAAGUGCGUAUCAAGGAGAUGGAAUCCCAGGUCGACCAUGAAAGAGCUGAAGUUUCCCAGAAACAGGAUGAGCUUAUUGCUCUGAUGAAAAGAAUUGACGAGAUGGAUGCUGAACACAAAACAGUUGUGAGCUCCUUGACUAGUGAUCACGCAGGAAUCGUAGAAAAGCUCAAUUCUUCUCUAAAAGAAGCAGAAUCCAAAUGUCAUGAACUUUCGGAGAAAUGCGAUGCGUACGAUGCAAAAGUGGCUGAUCUCGAGAAGAAUUUGUCGGAUGAAAGAGAGAGAUUCAACAACAAGGAAAAGGAACUUCAAGAACUUAUGGUUUCAGAGACUGCGAAAUGGAAGAGUAUUGAAGGAGAACUCGCUGAGAAGUUGGAGAAGAAUCGUCUGGCGAUUGAAAGUGUUUCAUUGGAAAAAGCGGAUCUAGAAAAAGCUAAGGAGGAGGCCGAAAUCGAGGCCAAGCAGAAGGCGGAUGAAGUGAAUAUUCUCACUGAGCAACUCCAGCAUAUGACAAUGGAGCACGACAAAACAGUACAGAGCAAAACCGAAACUGAGCAACAGUUAAGACAACAGAAAGACGCAUUCACCGCUUUGCAAAAUACAGUCAGCGCAUCGAAACUCGGUGAAGACGUUAUGGCUAAGGAUUUGGCAGCUGCGCACGAGCUUAGUGCUGAACGACUCGCAGAAGUUAACAAGUUGCAAACACUUGUUCAAAGCCUCGAAGAAAAAGCCCAAAUAUCGGAGUCAACCCUCUCAGAAAUUGCUUAUAAACUUACCGCCGCUGAAAAUCGUGUAAAACUGGUGGAAGAAGAACGAGAUGCCGCUGUCAAAGAGUUGGAACGAUCUCUCGUACAAGAAACCACGAUCCGUUCUAAGGUCGAGAAAGAUCUGCGCUUAAAAUCUGACGAAGUUACAACCCUUCAGAAUAAUAUCGAAUCAUUGACAGCGAAAACUCUUGAACUGGAGGAUGUUAUCAACAAAGUGAAAUCAGAACUAUCCGAGAGAGUCACGGAGUUGGACAAUGUCCGUAAAGAAAAGGAGCAAGUUGUCCGAGAGAAAGAGGCCGUAGAAGGACAACUGUCAGCGCUGACAUCACAAAUGCAGGACCUCGAGUACAAAUUGACUGCAUCGAAUCAGGAACUCAAGGUGCAAAAUACGGAGAAACUUUCUGUAUAUGAAGCUGAAAGCGCUAAGCUGAAUGCCGAUCUGUCUGCAGCUGCGCAGCGAAGCGAUGAGCUCUCCAAAGAACUGGCUCUCAACGUGGAAGAUCUCUCGCGUACGAAAACUGAGCUGGAAAAAUCAGCUGCCCGUGCCAGCGAGGCGGAUGCUAUGAAAAUACAAAUUGAUGAACUUCACAAAGAACAUGAACAACUGAAACGGAAGUUAGGACGUGUGGAAUUGGAAAAGGAAGAAUUGCUAAAAUCGAUCACAUCAAGCCAGGACAGGGAGGAUGAGACAGUACAACUACUUAAUGAGGAGUUAGCGAUAGCAAAUCAAAGAAAUAUCGAUUAUGUGAAAGAAAAGGAGAGAUUGUUAGCUGACAUUGAGGAGCUCACAAAAAAGAUCGAAAGUGGGUCAGAAAGCUCAGAAGCUACGCAAAAAGAGUUGUCAACCACGAAAACUCAAAUAAACCAGCUUUGUGAAGAGAAGCAGAGGUUGGAAGAGCAAUUACAAGAAGCCAAAUCUGAAAAGGAUGAUCUUAAAGAAAAACUUGCUUCACUUGAACGUGAGAUGCAGUCUAUGGAAGGAAGGCACCAAGAUGAGCUGAAAUUAGUGCGCUCUGAGUUAUCAUUCAAGGCUAGUGACUCUUCUGAAAUUUCACAGCAGAUGAGAGAUGAAUUUGCCGACGCAAUGGAAAAAGUGCGGACGACAGCGGAAGAGAAGAACUUGCUCGAUAAGGAGGUGGUGCAACUCAAGACUGAAAUCGCUGAGCUGCAAAGAGAGGUCACUUCACUUCGACUAAAUGAAGCAAAUGCGAACGUACUGGUAUCGGAGGCGAAACAGAAAAUUGAUCUCUACAACGAACUCGAACAAGAUUUCCUGAGAAAACAACUUCGAUUAAGUGAAAAAAUUGAGGAAUUGAGUGUUGAGUUGGAACAAGCGAAAGCUCGAACUCAAAGUGAAGAAGUGGAUGCGCUGAGAAAAGAGCUUGCUUUCACACAUUCCAUUAUUGCGGAUCAACGAAGAAAGGAAGCAGCGCUGUUAGAGAAAAUUGCGGAAUUGAACAACCUACCGGCUGAUACAAUAACAGCAGAAUCAAAGCGACUGUCAUUCGGUCAUCGUGAAGAAAAACCUAGAAUGUACUGUGAUAUAUGUGAGGAAUUUGACAAACAUGAGACGGAGGAUUGUCCGAAACAAGUUUCUGAGGCGGAGGUUCAUCCAGUAACGAAAAAAGCACCUCCACCACCCCGCGAAUACUGUGAUUAUUGUGAAGCUACAAACAAUGAAUCCGAUAAAACAAGCGGAAGUUGUGCUGUAUUUGUGGAAGGAAAUUCACCAUGUCGUGGUCUCAGUUCAAAUGCAAUGUUUGGACACGACACUUUUGGUUGUGUGAAUCAUCAAAAAAAGAAGAAGAAGGACUACACAUUUUAA